CAUUAUCCGAGUCUAAUUCACACUUUUAAACGGUUUCUCUUUAAAAAUUCUUAAUCACUAUGUGCACAUGUAUGUGAGUUUAGUAUAUGUGUGUAUGUAUGAUCGCAGUGUGUUGUGAGCGAGGUUCGUGGGUUUGCUAAGCCCAAAUGACUGUGCGGUUCAGUCAUCCUUGCAGAAUAUAAUAUCUUAACAAACGAUCUUAAUUUUUUUUAAUUUAAAAAAUCAUAAAUCAAUUAGGAAUGACGGUGGACAGUGCGAUUAGUAACGAGCAAGUGAUUUUCGUCACAGGAGGUUAUGAUCACACUAUCAAAAUAUGGCAACCACAUACGGGCGUCUGCCAACGCACAUGUCAACAUACAGAUUCUCAAGUCAAUGCGCUAGAUAUCACACCGGAUAAAUAUGUUGUAGCUGCUGCUGGCUAUCAGCAUAUACGGAUGUAUGAUUUAGCUUCAAAUAAUCCAAAUCCAGUUAUCAAUUAUGAAGGAGUAUCGAAGAACAUUACCAGCUUGGGCUUUCAGGAAGAAGGAAAGUGGAUGUAUACAGGAGGAGAAGAUUGUUCUGCAAGAGUAUGGGACCUGAGAUCAAGUACCUUCCAAUGCCAAAGAAUAUUUCAAGUAUCUGCACCUGUGAAUUGUGUAUGUCUACAUCCUAAUCAAGCAGAACUGAUUGUUGGUGAUCAAAGCGGAGUCAUACACUUAUGGGAUCUUCGUUCAGAUCACAAUGAGCAGCUAAUUCCUGAAGCUGAAUCCUCCAUCCAGGAUAUUGCGGUGGAUCAAGAUGGCACUUAUAUGGCAGCUGUAAAUAACAAAGGACACUGUUAUAUUUGGACUCUUACUGGAGGCAUUGGAGAAGAACCCACGAAACUUAAUCCUCGUCACAAACUUCUAGCUCAUAAACGUUACGCUCUUCGCUGCAAAUUCAGUCCAGAUUCUACAUUGUUGGUGACAACGUCGGCUGAUCAGACCGCACGAGUAUGGAGAACAACGGACUUUUCUGAAGUACAAGUGCUGCAGCAUGAGGCAAAACGUUGGGUUUGGGACGCAGCGUUCAGCGCAGAUUCCCAAUAUAUAUUUACUGCUUCUUCAGAUGGAGUCGCGAGGUUAUGGAAUGCAUCUACAGGAACAGUAGAACGAGAAUAUCAAGGACACCAAAAGGCUGUCACGGCUCUCGCUUUUCGCGACGAAAUCGUUUCCACAAGCUAGUAAUAGAAAGUAACACUCAAAUACUUUUAAAUAUUAUGGUUUCGUUUUUUAUAAAAAAAUUUUGAAAUUUAAUUUUGUACGUUUCUCAUUUUUAUUUUACGAAAGAAAUCCAUUAGAUGUAUAUUAAUUGUAUAUUAAUAAUUCGUUUGUAUAUAUUAUUUCAAUUAUAUACUAUUACAUUUGCUUAAAUCGUUCUUUUUCCAAAAUGAGAAAUUAAUAUUUGUACAAGUUUAAUAGAAGAUUGUUCAAGAAAUAUUUAUAAAAUUCAACAUAAUAUUAAUAUGCAUAUAAUAAUCAAAUUAACAUACAUAUAACAAAUAGUUAAAAUAUUAAUUAAAAGAUAUCAUUAAAA